AUGAUGGUGAAGCCAAAAGACGGCGCGACAGGAAGCUCUUCUCUAGAAAGUAACUUGGAAAGUUUGUGCUCAUUGUUAGAAUCAGAUCUCGAUAAGUACCGGACAAAAAUUAUUGAGAUAGUUACCCUGUGCGUUUGUCAACUGCCUGAUAAGAUCACUGUAUAUUCGACUCUCGUUGGAUUACUCAAUGCGAAAAACUUCAACUUUGGUGGAGAGAUCGUGGAAAAACUGGUUUCUGACUUGCAAGAAAAGCUGGAAGCAGAAGAUUUCCAGCAAGCAAUGUUCAUUAUUACAUUUCUGUGCGACCUUGGAAAUAGUCGAGUGCUCACUCUAAGUUCAAUAGUGGAGUUCCUCGAAGCUCUACUGCAAUGUGUUUUUGAAGAGAAUGUGCCUCAGGCUCGCACAGAUUGGUUUGUUUAUGUUGUGCUGCGUGUUUUGCCAUGGAUUGGUCUUGAGUUGAGCGAAAAGAAAAAGGACGAACUGGAAAAUAUUCUUGAAGGAGCCAGCAAGUAUGUAGAAGGACGCAGAAAAGUUCAUCUCAAGAUGCUGCAAGUGUGGAGCUCGAGUUCGCCCCAUGAACAGGAAGACUACUUAGAUUGUUUACUUGCUCAAAUAAAAUCUUUACAAAGUGCAGGCUGGAAGGAAAAGCAAAUCGCCAGGCACUAUGUAGCAUUUGAUGCUGCUCUUCAAGAUGCACUGCAACACAAUUUGCCUAGUUUUUCUCCACCAAUCCACAGGGAAGAUUCAAACUACCCAUUACCCAUGGUUGUGUUCAGACUUUUCGAUUACGCGGAUUGUCCUGAAGACGGUACCGUACUUCCUGGAGCUCACUCUAUAGAGCGAUUUUUGAUUGAAGAAGAACUUAACUGGAUCAUUGAGUUCAAUGCCAGCGAUAGGAAAAUAUGUGCCCAGGAAUUGACAAACUACGCUCGCGGUGCUAAUGUCCCCAUUGCUUAUAUGAUUUUGGAAGUACUGUUCUCACAACUCUUUCGCCUUCCUCUUCCACCUCAACCAACUGGUUUUUACGGUAAAACUUUCUUUUAUAUUGGAUUUUCCUUGUUCAGAAGUCCUGUUCUUUUGGAUCUAUGCAGAGUUCAGUCGUCGACUAUGCCUCAAGUCCUGGCACAAGCUGCCGAACUCUUAUAUCAACGUGCUGCUACAAUGCAACCGUUGUGCCUUGAUCGACUUGUUGACUGGUUCAGUUUCCAUUUGUCUAAUUUCGGUUUCCGCUGGUCAUGGAAUGAUUGGAAGGACUGCGUAACGGCGGAUAGAUGGGAUGCAAAGAAAAUAUUUGCGCGUGAAGUGAUAGAAAGAUGUCGACGACUAUCUUAUUACGGGCAAUUGAAGGAGUUUCUUCCAACCUCAUUUGCUGCCAUGAUACCUCCUCCUCCAGAUGUUGUAUGCAAAUUCGACGAUGAGAAUCAACCUGGGUAUGAAGCUGCCUCUAAAUUCCUUGCUCUCAUACAAAGUCGAUCUGAUGACAAUGCUAUUAUGGCCGAAAUUCGCGACGAAGAAAAUCGUUACGAUCCCGAUCUGUUUGGAAUAUUUUUUGCUGUACUGCUGAAAACCUCUGCCAAGUCGUUCAGUCACACGUUUGUGGCCCUCUCCAGAUAUAGCACGACAUUGAAGACUAUUGCUGAUACUUCUGAUGAAAUGCAAGAAGUCCUUCUUUGCUGCCUUUUUCAGUGUUGGCGGAACAAUCAUUUGCGUAUAAUCAUUUUGGUCGACAAAAUGCUCAAGAUGCAAAUAUUGGAUUGCGGUGUUGUUAUUUCAUGGAUUUUCAGCGAGAGCCUUAAAAGUGAAACUGAUAGACAGUGGGUUUGGGAAGUGCUUAACACCGCGUUAGAACGUCUUUCUCGUCACAUCCAUAAAGUUGCUCAUGACGUGGAUAUUCUUCAAAAAAGAGUGGAAAGGCAACGCAUAGAAGCAGGCGAAGAGAUGGAAGACUCUGACGUAAAGACGCGUGAACAAGAGGAACUGGAACAGCAGCAGGAAAAGCUUGAGAAUCUGAAAGAUUUUCAGAAGUCGCUAUUCCUGGACGUGUUGCAUGUGAGUAGAAUGAAAUUCACGGUUUUGUUGACUGAAUUCAUAGUACACUGCGAAACAGAAGGAACAGAUUUCCGAACUCCUUACUAUGCAUGGAUUAAUGGUCGAUUCAAGCAAAUAUUCCUCAUGCACGGCGCCGAUCUCCACGAGUUCACUGAUGAUCUCCGGCGGGAACUGUUCUCCAGCACCGAUAUCGAUCCCAAUGUUUUGGAGACAUUCCAUCAGUUUGUAGCUCUCCGUGAGUGA